UUUUCCAUCUUUCUCAGCAACGACCCAUCUAUCAAACAAGCAUGGCACAAUCAUCAAACCGUUGCUAUUGUAGUGUGCCAUGCUGUUCAAAUAACAAACAAAAACAACCCUAUUUGAGCUUCCAUGACUUUCCUGUGGACGUGGAAAAACGUGCCCGCUGGGUAAGAGCAAUCAGGAGAGAUGAAGGAAAAAUGUUUCAAAUCCUCAGAGGGAGCACCUUUGUCUGCAGCCAGCACUUUACCCCAGAGGAUAUAAGUACAACAGCCAGUGGAAGAAAACAGAUUAGACAAGGAGCUGUGCCUUCUAGAUUUCACUGGAAUGAUUGGGGGAGAAGUUCACAAGCUCGUGAGUCUGUUUACAGGCGAACCAAAAAGUCUCUCAGUGCUGCUGUUCAGGAUGACUCACAGAAGAUUGCUGACCCUGAGGACUCCUCAAAGGAAAAAUUGCCUGCAGGUCCAAUGGCAAAAGACCAUGACUAUGCCUGUCAUUCUUUUCCGGGUGAACUACACGGUGCCAUACAGAGAAUUAAAGAGUUGGAGUUCCAAGUGUUAUCACUUGAAAUGGAAAUCCAGGAGCUAACUCUUCAAAAGAAGCAGCCAGUGAUUUUCAGGUUUUGUUUGACAGAUGAAGAUUUCCGUUAUUACACCAAAUUCACCUCAAAAGAGGUCUUCAAUGUGUUUUGGGAGUCAGUUUACCCUUCUGCUUCAAGGCUAGUGUAUUGGUCCAAGGCACAGCGGACUGCAGAAGAAAUACCUAGUCCACAGCGAAAACUUCCACUCAUUGAUAAACUGUUUAUGUUUCUUUGCCGUGUUGCAGCUGGGCUUCAGGAGAAGACUUUGUCGACCAUCUUUGAGGUCAGUUUGUCUACAGUUAGCCGCACCAUUUUAACAUGGACUAGUUACCUUUACCUGGUUCUUGGUUCGCUGUCAUUGUGGAUGACAAGAGAGCAAGUUCAGCGCACCAUGCCUGACAAAUUUAAACAGUACUGCCCUCACGUGCGUGCGAUUAUAGACUGCACUGAGAUCCGUUGUGAAACUGCAUCCUCACUCACACUACAGUCAGAAACCUUUUCAAACUACAAAAACCACACCACCUUUAAAGGUCUGAUUGGCAUUGCUCCUUGUGGGAUUAUAACAUUUGUAUCCAGACUGUACACAGGCUCCAUCUCCGACAUAGAAAUAACUCGAAAAUCACAGAUAUUAACGUUACUUCAGCCUGGAGAUGGGGUUAUGGCCGACAAGGGUUUCCAGAUAGAGAAGAUUCUGUCAGAGGUGGGAGCAACGCUUAUCAUUCCUCCACUUAAAAAAUCCACCCAACUCAGCAUGGAGGACACCCAGAAAACCCAGGCUAUUGCUCGGCUGAGGAUUUUAGUUGAAAGAGCCAUACGAAGGGUGAAAGAGUACCAUAUCUGGGAUGGUCUUGUUCCUCUUUCUAUGGUAGGCUCAGUCAAUCAGCUGUGGGUCAUCUGCUGUCUACUUUCAAACUAUCAGGGACCUCUGGAUCUAAAAGGCGACAAACCUGUGUAGAGCCUCUUCUCCUGCAAGUCACAGCCCUUGGAUGAGCAUUAAUGUAAACAGUUGUGUUAUAAACAAAAUCUCUCCAUAUAUAUGACCUGUAUUUGUUUUUAUUAUUGAAUAAAUGAAUAGAUGUGUACAGUUCUAUCAAAUCUAUUGUAAAUAGCUUAUCUUGAGGAAGAUACAUAUUUACAACCUUUACAUUUAAAUUGCACUUUCUUGUACAUUUUACACAUCUGUCAAUGAAGUAUUUGAAU